UGUCAUUACUUUGUCCAGUGUAAAGUUUGGUCAAAUUAACAUUUAUUUUAUCAAAUGUAGAUAAAAAUAUUUCAUUUUGUAUAAGGAGUCACGUUGUUAUAAGAAAAAGUUGAAAUAAUGUUUAUGCGUUUACGAUAGGAUUUUUUUUGUGAGCAGCUAAGUUAGUAAAUAAUACAUUUAUAGUAGAAUUCAGAUACGUUGAAAUUUGUUGGUGUGGCGAACUCACUAAGCCUCAUUUAUAUACGACACGUGAUUGAUAUUGUAGUCAAUACUCAAUAGCCCUGGGUUGUAGUCAUGACUUCGCAUGCUUCUUUGUAUUCUGGUGAAAAAAAUCGGUCCACAAGUCCAAUUUAUCACGGACAGCUUUUUGAAUUUGAUUCGGAUGAAGAUGUGUGUGAUCUUUCAGAUUGGCAACUUCCCUUGGCUUUUAAUGAAAAAAGACAUACCGAGAAGAUUGAAGGAAUGAAACCUUUUGCUCACACAUGGAGAAUGAAAGAGAGAGAGGAAGAUCCUGUGUCAAUGGCACCUCAUAAAGCUCUGGAAACAAUUGGUAGUAACCUGUUAAAGCAGUAUGAACGGUGGCAGCCUCGUGCUCGUUAUAAACAAUCUUUGGACCCAACAGUGGAGGAGGUAAAAAAACUAUGUACCUCAUUGAGGAGAAAUUCAAAGGAUGAACGUGUACUCUUCCAUUUCAAUGGUCAUGGUGUUCCAAAGCCCACUGUGAAUGGAGAAAUUUGGGUAUUUAACAGGAAUUUUACACAGUAUAUUCCUCUGUCAGUCUGUGAUCUUCAGCAGUGGAUGGGAUCACCUUCGAUCUAUGUUUAUGAUUGUUCCUGUGCAGGACUCAUUGUAGAAUCUUUCAAACAAUUUGCCAUUCAGCAUGAAAGGGAAUAUGAAUUGUCUGUUGCCAACAGUAAAGGCCAAUACCAAGGACCACCACCAUCUAAUUACAAAAACUGUAUACAGUUAGCUGCUUGUGGAAAGCAUCAGAUAUUACCCAUGAACCCAGACUUGCCUGCUGACCUUUUUACCUCAUGCCUUACAACACCAAUUAAAAUUGCUCUCAGGUGGUUUGUAAUGCAGAACACAAGCAAGUUAGUUCCUGGAAUUACAUUGGAGCAUAUUGACAGAAUUCCAGGACAACUUAAUGAUCGAAGGACCAUGCUUGGGGAACUUAACUGGAUAUUCACUGGCAUCACAGAUACCAUAGCAUGGAAUGUUCUUCCAAAAGAUCUCUUUCAGAAGCUAUUCAGACAGGACUUACUAGUAGCAAGUCUCUUCAGAAAUUUUCUUCUUGCUGAAAGAAUAAUGCGUUCUUACAACUGCAAUCCUGUGUCCAGUCCAAAGUUGCCACCAACGUAUCAUCAUCCCAUGUGGCAAGCAUGGGACCUAGCUGUAGAUAUAUGCCUAUCUCAACUUCCAGAUAUCCUGGCAGGAACUGCAGUAUUUCGACACAGCCCUUUUUUUGCUGAACAGCUAACAGCAUUUCAGGUGUGGUUGAACUUUGGAUCAGAGAUCCAGAAUCCUCCAGAACAACUUCCUAUUGUUUUACAGGUUCUUUUAAGUCAAGUACAUAGAGUACGUGCAUUGGAUUUGCUUGGUAGAUUUCUUGAUCUUGGUCCUUGGGCUGUUAACCUGUAUAGUACUUGUCAGGCAGACUUGGUUCGAGAUGGUGGUCACAAGUACUUCCUUAACGUUUUAGCUGAUUCAUAUAUUAUUGCAGAACACAGAACUAUGGCAGCAUUUGUGAUGGCAUGUAUAGUAAAUGGGUAUCCAAGUGGACAGGAAGCAGCUCUUCAAGGCAACUUGAUAUCCAUCUGCUUAGAACAGCUAGGGGAUUCUAAUUCCAGACUGCGUCAGUGGUUGGCUAUUUGUUUAGGUAGAACAUGGACAAAGUAUGAUGCAGCAAGGUGGUGUGGAGUUCGUGAUAGUGCCCAUGAAAAACUCUACUCUUUACUGAAUGAUCCAGUACCUGAGGUUAGAGCUGCUACAGUUUAUGCAUUAGGAACAUUUAUCAACAGUGCCACAGAAAGAUCUGACCAUGCAAAUAGUAUAGACCACAGCAUAGGGAUGACAUUAAUCAGUACUUUAGCCAAUGAUGGAAGUGUCCUUGUGAGAAAGGAGCUGGUAGUUGCCCUCCAGUGGUUGGUUCUUCUUUUUGAAAAUCAGUUUGUAGCUGUUGCUACUCAGUUCCUAGAAGAAGAGAGGUUGAAAGACACCAUACAGAACCAAAGCCCAAACAGUUUUUUACCAACUGUACCUGAAGUCAUAUCCUCUACUAGUACAUUGAGAAAAGUGACAUCUAGAGAUAGACUGAAGCUGUUUGGGUCACCAAGUGGAGGUCAUUUUCUUGCAAGCCUUGGUGGUAAUGUGGAGUCAGGAGUAUUUAGUGAUGCUUCUCAUGUCUCAGUCUCAGAUUGCAUGAGGAGGGUGAGCUCAAGCACCUCAAUCAGUAGUAUGACUGGUGGAUCUUCUCUCAGUGGACUGGUUUUUGCGAGUGUUUACACUAACAUUUGGAGAGCUGUGCUGGCAAUGGGUAAUGACCCAUCAACAGAAGUUGCUGGUUUAGCAACAACACUGAUCAGCACAAUUAUGUCCAAGACAAUGGGAAAUAGCCAGUCUGCUGAUGUUCCCAGAGAAAACAAAUCACUGUGUUACUCAGAACCGUCAUCACCUUCAGGCCGACCCAAGUUUAUCACAGGAGAGUCUCCCCCAGCCAAUAUGGGACAUCAUGAUAGUUCUCGCCCUCAUACAGGAAGUGGACAGCUCACAGAGCCUCGACAGCAAUACCAUUACUCUGCUCAUUUCACACGAACUCGGAAAAUUUUUGAUAGAGGCCCUGUUGUAAUUGCAGAGGAACAAGAAGAGAAUGGAAGUCACAAAUCUCCUCUCGUUAAUACUGGGUUUGUAGACUGGUGUUGUAAACAGUUUAGCCAGCCAAUAACAAGGUUUAUAGAUGAAGUGGAUGUAGAAAGCUCUCAGUAUCUGGAGAGAGAGAUGAGGUUCAAAAGAAAUGCACUUUGUAGGAUGGCUGUAACAGAAGAACAGAAAAAAGUUGAUAUAGGAAGACUGGAUGAACAAAUAUUCAUCAACAAAAACAUCAGUAUCCCUUCAGUAAUUCAGUUUCAUCCAUAUGAAUCUUAUUUUGUUGUUUCAAAUAAGGAUUCAUACAGCAUCUGGGACUGGGAACAAGGCUUGAUUUUAAGUAACUUUCCUAAUGGAAACCCUGUAAACACUCGCAUUACAGCAAUGGACUUCCUCAACAGUCAUGACUUGGCUCUUUUACUUAUUGGUUCAGAUGAUGGAGCAGUAAGAGUGUGGCGUAACUUUAUUGGAGAAGAAGGAAAGGAACCAGAGCUGGUCACAGCUUUCCAAGCUCUGUCAGAAAUGUUACCUUCACCAAGAGGUUCUGGACUGGUGCUUGAGUGGGAACAACAAACCUCCAAACUCUUUUCUUCUGGAGAUGUGCGAAUUGUCAGAGUGUGGGAUGCCAUUCAGGAAAAGAAAGUACAGGAUAUACCUACUGGUGCAGACAGCUGUGUUACCUCCCUGUCAUCUGACAGUACUCUGCACCUAUUGGUAGCAGGCUGUGGUGAUGGGACCAUCCGCUUGUAUGACCAACGGUUGUCACCCUCUGAUUGCCGAGUCAUGACUUUACGAGAACACUCAGCUUGGAUAGUCAAGGCAAAGCUUCUUCAGAACUCUGAAGGAAAUGGACAAGUCAUCAGUGGAAGUGUUGCUGGAGAUGUGAGGUUCUGGGAUUUACGACACACAAACUCCCUCCAAAAAGUCCCUUCAUCACAAGGCAUGACAGCUAUGGCUGUGCAUCAGUCCCUCAAUAUCUUAGCCUGUGGCUCUGUGAACCAGAUCAUCAAUGUGUACAAUACCCUUGGUGAGACAGUUAGUGUCAUUAAAUACCAUGAUGGAUUCAUGGGUCAAAGAAUUGGACCAAUUAGCUGUUUGGCCUUUCAUCCUUACAGAGCAAACCUUGCAGCUGGCAGCACUGACUCGUACAUCUCAAUUUACACAGUUGAUAGAAAACACUGACCCAGAAGUAGCUAGCGUUUAUUAAAGUUGAUUUGUGAAUAGCUUACCGAAGAUUAAAAAAUUGGUCUACAGUACUGUGUAAAUAUUUCAUCAUAAAAAAGUUAUAAUCAAGUGUCUUGGAGUUUGUAACUGCAAGAUUCUUGUGUGGAGAAGUAUUUUUUCAUUCUUUGGGUGUUGAGAUAUUCUCUUCCUGGCAUUUCAGUUACUGACAUUUUUAUUUCUAGUUAUCAUAAAAAGUCACUGACUUUUGGCCAAACUUAUAGCCAUAGUUCAUGUUACUAGGAAGAGCUAAACACAGAUUAUUCAGUUAAUGAUUAAUUAAAAUCCAUAACUAGUGUCCUGCUCCAAGCCAAUAGAGAAGCUAUUGACCAAGAAUGUAAUAUUUUAGAAAUCCUGAAAAGAAAGAAGCAAUCCCUGGGAAAAUCAGUAAAAGCCUUGCUUAUGUAGAAUGAUUUGUAUAUUCUGUAUGCUGAGAAGUGAAAAAUAAAUUACUCUAUGGUGAGAGGAUCCGAACAAUCAAAGUUGGCAUCUUGAAAGAUUCUACAAAAAUGUGAACUAUUUGUGUAGUUUGGAAUUUCAUAUACCAUUGUUCAUUAAGGAUGCAAGUUAUUCCUCAAAGCUUGUAUAAUAAAUAAAUGGAUGGGAGUGCCAUGUAAUGUACAGUGAUGUGUACAAUGUAUUUUACCUGUACAGGAACUUCUAGAUGUUCAGUUGGGUCACCUGUGACUUGUUUUUAAAAGCAGUGUAAAUUUUCCUUUCAGCCUCUCAGGUUUUGGAAAAAGUAAGAAAUAAAACUAGAAAUCAAAUUAAUGGGGCCUUUUGUGUAAGUGGUUCCAAAAAUUGAAUAAAAUACUGAGAAGAAAAUAA